CUCUCCAGGUCCCCCCAAAAACAGUCCCGUUCGGAGACUGUUGCAGAGGCUCGGACUUCUGACUUCAACAUCAAAAAUUGUGAAUGCAAUCUCUUAUAACGUAUCAAGCUAGGGCUGACUCGCUGGAUUCAAACUCUGUACCAUAGAUCCAUGGAAUGUGAUCCAGGUGUCCAAGCAGUGGGUUUGCAUUAUUGCUCGUGCCAUUAGACUCCCUUGCAGUCUUCGGGAAAGGGAGUUUCUCGCUAUCACGGCAAACUCCCUUCCACAGCAAACUCCCUCAGUAAACUCCCUUUCCCGGCACAAGAGAGCAUGGCCAACGUUAAAAAUUGCGGACCAACGAUCCGACCAACGACUGCAAGGGAGUUUAUCGUGCCAUGGGGACAGGCACUAAUUAUAAAAUGUGUAAUACAUAUUCUAAUAGCCAGUGUAUAACCUGAAAACCGUCACUGUUUGGGGCACGAUAUGGACUACUUAUACCGGAGAGUAAUAGGGAAGCUAGGAGCAUGAUUGCAGUGUGCAGUACAAACUGGCUCUCAGUGGACUGGUGCACGUCAUUCAUUGGUUUCCCUUUCAGCACCAGGGACAGGUAUGUCAUUGACGGAUGUUGUUUUGUUUCGUCUCGCUAGAUGGCGCUUAAGUGCGUGGGAAGAAAGUAAGUGACGAAAAAAAUGCUUGUGGCUCAAAGACUCUGUGAAGUGGCAGAUUGAAUACGACACACAACGUUAGAUAUUUUUACCAUCAAAUAGAUUGUAACAACAUAAUUAAAUCCUCUACAAUAAUUGAAUAAGCCUAGAAAUCUCCAAAGCACAAUUAGCGAGUAAAAAAACAAUACAACAUUGAAUCUUACAAUCAGUAGAUUGUACUAUUGUACUAACAAACUUAUAUAAUAAAAUUGUGUAUAUUUAUUUGGAAACCUGUUAUAACCGCCCUUUGGUGUAGCAAACCAGCUGCGUAUUGACUACGAACUCCGCCAACAUAAAUCGAAUUACAAACGGGAGUAUGUGCUAUAGAUCCGAGGAAAGUUGUCGGACGCUACUGCCAUUACAAUUACAGUGUGGAUGACAUUGGGAUGUGCAACAUUUCCAUCGACAAUUGUCGUCAAGACUAAGUUUUAAGCUUGUUUUCUGAACGUGGCCUAGAUCUGUUGCCGAAACCAAGUUAACAGCUGAUUUUCUGAACACAUGGCCUAGGUCUGACUCCCUUUUCUCUGUGCCCUUGGUAUCUCCCUGUGCACACCUGCAGAUUUAAUGUAAUUUGGACUGCCUCUUCUACCACAAGUCACAACACCGGGACCGAGCUAGUGGUCUGAGAACUUCAUCUUGUUCUUGGAUUUCCCUUCCUCAGUUGCGCCAUGGAGGAAGAUAUGGAUGGUGAGGGCACUGGAGACCAUGUUCCGCAACAACGGGACCAUGAAGUGUCGCCGCGAGGAGACCAUGCGCCUCAGCAAGGGGGUCAUUCGCCGCAAAACGAGGAACAUGUGCUGCACGACCUUUCGCCGCCAGACGAGGACCAUGGACCUCAAGACGGGGAUCAUGGGCCUCAAGACGGGAAUCAUGCGUCACAAGACGGGGAACAUUCGCCGCAGGACGAGGAACAUGGGCCACAAGACGAGGAACAUGUGCCGAACGAUGGGAGCAGUGAGGAGUCUGGUGGGGGCGGUGGCAACCGAAUGUGGCAGGUUUUCGUCGUGGGUCUUGAGGGAAAAACAACUACUAUAAACAUCCAUAAGGAUGCCACAGUGGACGAACUCAUCCGCAAGAUCAGCCGGAGGAACGGGAUCCCGCCCGACGCGCAGCGCGUCCUGUACACCACCAAGCAGCUGGAGUACGGCCACGGGUACCGCCUGUCCCACUACAACAUACAGAACCAGUCUGUUCUGUUUGUCGUCCUGCGGCUGCAGGGUGGCAGCAACGCUGAUGUCUCACAGAAUACACCGGAGGAGAAUACCGAUUUCGACGCCCCUAGCAUGACCAGUGGGGACGGUGACCCCGACACUUCCCCCCUCAGGAUGUCCUGUGGGCACACCAUCACAAAAGAUAAGCUCUACACCUACUGCCGUGAUGCUCUAAGAGCUGGGAAGUACAUCUUCCAGUGCCCUCACAUCAGUAAAACAACAAGAGAGCAUUGUGGGAAGGAAUGGACUUUUCGGGAGGUCCGUCGCCACGCCGGACUUACCUUGAAACAGAGGCAGGAUUGUGAAUUCGCCAUCUCCGAAAACUACCUAUUUGAGGGUAUGCCAUCUAUGGGAAUCCAGCGGUGCCCCAGCUGUCAGUCCUAUUGCGAGCGGAUCAGCAAGUACGGCAAGCGCGUGGUGUGCUCAAACUGUUCGAUACAUUUCUGCUGGUACUGCCUGCGUGAAUUCGAUGGGAGAGGUGCCGACGACUGCGGCAAUCGCGACUGUAGAUCGGAAGACAAGCGUCUGAGGAUACUCCGCAAGUGCAAGCAGCGGUCCAUCGUGGGAGUGGCGAACUGCCCUUCCAUCAGGGCCUGCGUGGCGUGCGGCAUACUCAUCAAGUACGACAAGGCCUGCAAGCACAUGACCUGCAUGUGUGGCCAGAAGUUCUGCUUCAUCUGCUUGGAGCCUGCUGUCAGAGGAAAAUACCAGUGCGGCACGUUCAACAGCCGUUGUGAGGUCGCCGUUGUGCAGAAAACCAUCCCGUCCAUGGGAGGUACUGUGCAAGCGAGGGCUGGGCGGCCGUCAACUGGGGAAGGCUAGAGGGACGGGACAAGCGAGGGCUGGACGGCCGACAAGGAGGGAGGAGAUAGGGACAGGACAAGCCAUGGCUGGGCUGUCGACAAGGAGAGAUGAGAGUGGAUGGUCGACAACAGGGGAGGAGAGUGGGACUGCGCCGAGUGUGGAAAUGAUUGAUGGAGUGUUGAUAGAGGCAUGGGAACGCGACGGGGAGACAGGACAAGUGAAAACUUAGGCGUGGACACUGCAGGGGAAGGCUAGUCUCAGACCUCCUCCGGUUUGAUCAAGAUACGCUCUGCGUAAACAGACUAAGUUACUAUCAGGUCAAGUCAGUGGUUGAUUUCAGCACCAGGGACAGGGCUAUUCUAUACGACGGCUGGAGUUUUGUUGCUGGUCGCUAGGCGGCACCAGCUUAUUGAACUCAUCACAGUUACAGCCACUGUUGUUUUUCGUUUCAGAUUUAUUUCUUUUGUUCAGUUUAUAUCGCUUCUGUUGUCCUCCAUUCUCCUUCCCUGAGAACAUAGAACGAUCUGUGUAUUUUCGAGUAACUGACACCUGAUGACAUCUGGAUGAAGUGCCCUCGAAAAGAAUAAAGCCAUGGCAAAACUUGGUUGAUAACUACAACUGUUCCCGCCCUUCAUUUCUGUCAGUUCCCGAUCUCAUUAUUUGAGGAUAUCAAGAACCCCCGUCUUAAAUCGACUGCUAAGAGAAGUCCUUGAAAGAUGCUAGCUCCACGCGUCUGGGUAUCUAUGUAUGUUGAUACACGAAAAGUGCGAUUAUACUUGUCUUCUCACCAGUCAGCAAUCAGGCUGUCCAGUCUCAUGCAGUGCCGCGCCGGUGUAUUCUAUUAAUUUCCGUUGCGAGUUUUAUUCACCAAUUUUUGAACAACCACUGUUAGUCAUAUUUUUUCGUCGACGUAAUAUAGCGCUUGAAGCCAUCGUGUCUUUCCGUCCCUAUGUUACCACGAAACAAAGUUACGACCCUUUUCGUCCCGAGACAAAUUUGUGUCAACAGAACUUUUGACACGGUCCCCCUAGUGUAUCACAUAAACAAAUACAUGAGUG